AUGAAAAGUAUUUUAUUAGUAUUUAUCUUUAUUCUUGCUAUAGUCUGUUUAACUAAUGCCCGUCUUAAUAGAAAUGGUUUAAAAUUAAAUUUGAAUUUAAAUAUAGAAAAUGGUAGAUUGGUUAGUAAAAGUGAAGAUAAUACCAAUGAAGAAGAUGAUGAAUCUUACACUUCCGAUGAAUCAAAUGGUAAUGAAACUUAUAGUGAUGAAGAAGAUUAUGAUGAAUCAAAAUAUGGAGGUUCGUAUGAAAAUUUAGAUAAACUACUUACAACCUUAAUGGAUAAAUUAAAAGCAUUGCUACAAAAUGUUUCUGGUUUUUGUAGUUUACUAAAUCAUCAAGUUGGUCAAAAUUUAGUAAAAACUGGACGUUAA